AUGUCCUGGCGAGAUGAAUCGUUCUUAUCAAAACUGCAAUGUCGAGUGUUGGUGGUUGGAGCUGGAGGGAUCGGAUGUGAACUGCUCAAGAAUCUGGCGCUUACCGGGUUCUCGAAUAUUGACGUCGUUGAUCUGGAUACAAUUGAUGUAAGCAAUCUGAAUCGUCAAUUUCUAUUCCGUCGUGAACAUGUUGGAAAGUCGAAAGCUGAAACGGCAGCUCAGGCAGUUCGUUCGAUUAUGCCAAACGUUAAUAUCACCUGUCAUCAUGAUUCAAUUAUGAAUGUCAAGUACGAUGUGGAUUUCUUUCAUCAGUUCACAGUGGUGCUAGGCGCAUUGGACAAUCGAGCAGCCCGUAACCAUGUGAAUCGAUUGUGCGUGGCAGCACGUGUUCCAUUAAUAGAAAGCGGCUCAUCUGGAUAUCUUGGACAGGUAGGUGUAAUAAUGCGUGAUAAGACGGAAUGUUACGAAUGUAUGCCUAAGAGCGCACAAAAAACAUACCCA